AUGUCAUCGAUCGUUUCCUUACGGCAUUCUUUGACCAGACGCAGCGUUACUAUUCCGCCGGGCAUUAUCGACAUUCACCUUGUCUGGGUGGUCAAAAGCAUUCAGCACUCAGCCUGGUUCAAGAAGGAACUUCAAACCCUUCAUGACGUGACAUCACAGCCAGAGUCGACAGUCAGGCUGUCCAUCUCGCUGUAUCACACAGAAACCGGUAGCACACAAGCCACGAGACAACAAGAGGAAUCAAGCAGUGCGGAAAAGACUGAGUCCAUGCCUACAUGGUGGACCAUCUCACUAGACCGGCCAGAUCUUGAUAGUGUCUUUCAGGGACUCGAGGAGCAGCAUGCUGGAUGUGACGUCGGUAACAAAAUGGUCAGACGAGCGAGGAAUGCAGCCGUAGAUGCUCGACGACUGGCUUAUUCCAUAUUGAAGACGAAUAAUUCGAGCGACGAGCACAAGUCCGGUGGACUUGGCUGGCGCGGCGUAUCACCCGAUUUGAACGCAACUCGGCAGGACGAGGCCACGAUCAGCCUUGUGAGGCCAGACAAAGUAGCAUGUAAAUAG